UGUUAGGGUUGCCGUUCUUCUUCAUUUCAUCUCUCCUUCACCUCAUCAAAGGCGGCAAAUCGCAGAAUCAGAUCUUAAAUUUCCACUGAAAAAUACACAAAACAAUGAUACGGGCUUUACGAAAAUUCGGUGGUUCUACUCCUGUCUACUCGCCACAUUCCCCAUCUGCUAAUCCGAUCUCCAAACCAAACCCUAGUUUAUCACCCACUCACUCAUCUUCUUCUUCUGUUCAAUUAAACAGAGUUCGCCACUCCAGAGUUUACAGAACCGAACAGUAUGUUCACCCAAGUUACUUUUAUUGCGACAUGGAGGAUUUUAAAGAGUUGUUAAUUGGGUACAAGAGUGGUAACAGGAAAAUGUAUCCAUAUAUAAUCGCAGCUUUGAACGCUAAGUAUUCUGAACAUGGAGAAGAUGACAAGAAGCUUAUGAAAGAGCUUGGAGUUCUAUCACAAGGUGAUGAUAAGAAGGAAGUUCAUCGCGAGAACUGCGCCCGUCGUGAUGAGGGAGAAGGGAAAGAAGUGGAUUCAACCACGGGGUUUAUGAAAAAGGAGCGUGUGGGGGGCUGGCCUCCUAAUCCAUAUGGGAUCAGUGGUCAAGAUUUCUUCUUCUUCGGCAGGGCAGGCCGUAAAGUAACUGAUGCACUCGGCAAACCAGGUCAUUAUCUGUGGUAAUGAUAUGAUUAAAGAGGACUUACAUGAAGCAGAAUUUCAUCAUGCCAGGAAGCUGGCUGCUCAUGGUAGAAGUCUCUUGCUCGACUGAUUUGCAGUAUAGCCAGACAAGAAACGAUAAGAAAGAAAGAAAUUUUGGGCGUAGAGAUUCAGAGGCACAAACAUGAUAUUUCAAAUAAGAAUCAGCACAGGAUGAAUGAAAAACUAUGACUUCUUUUUUUUCUUUUUUCUUUUUUCUUUUUUGAUCUAUAAAUAAAUAAAAACUAUGAGUCAACUACAUUCAGCUCAGUGUACAGUGUGUCCAAAUGGCAUAAUACAUGUGAUAAAGAUCACUUUGUUGG